UAGUAAUACCUCCUCAUCAUACAUAGAUGAUCACGGCCAUGAUUGGUCGGGAUACGGAUUCCCAGUCCCAACGACAUCAUGAUUGAUUGUCAGCAUGUUCAGCCACCGGAUGCUGAUGACGAUCCCGAUGCGCUGCGUUCUGGUGGCACGGGAUGAUGACAAGGAUCCCAACACGAGCGAUUGGGAUCCACGGCGUCUGGGGGCACGCGAUACUGGCCGGAUCGAUAUCGAAUCGCAGGUUUACCAGCUUCGGGUCAGUGUCGUCAACCUCCGGUUUAUGUUGCUUCACAAUCUUGCCAAUCGCCUUCUCCACGUGGACGUGGAUGAAAGGCAUUUCAUCGAGAGGACCGGUGCAGCUCGAGGUGAUUGAAGUUUUUAAUUCUUUUGGGCUAUUGAUUAUUGGGGGAAUAUGGCUUCCACGGCGUUGUCUAUGAGCAGUCUUUCGGCGGCCCUUCCUUCAUGCAGCAAAGGGCUUGCCUCCUCGAGGAGGCUCUCUCUCUCCCAAAGUCGGGCUUCUUCUUCUGUGUCUCUUUCUUGCUGUCGGUCAGGCACCACUGGACGAUCGUUCCUGAGGAGACCUGCCACGAGGCGCGCGCAACCUCUGCGUGCAUUUUCAG